ACCAGGGGAGAGCGCGAACGCAGUCCCCCACUACCACAAAUUAUGCAGUCGAGUUUCCCGCAUUUGGGGAAAUCGCAGGGGUCAGCACACCCGGAGUGCAAGGGAUGAGCCUCGCCCUGGGAAAACCACCUGCCUGAUCAUGGUGUCUCCCCUGCCAGGUAAGUAUGACCCCACCACCCACCGCCCGCAGCCCCUGCCCGCCGCACGCACCCACAACACACGCCCACCGCCACCCCGGCCCCGCCAGCCCCGCACGCAGCCGGGCCCCAAAAUCCGCGCCCCGUUCCGCACGGCCCGGCCCGCGCAGCGCCCGCGGACGCGCGAGGGCAGCGGGAGAGCGCGGGGGAUUUUCUUCCCGGCAUGCGGCGCGGCGCUGCCUCAUUUGCAUGGACACGCCCCCAGCCGCGGAGCGCCGGCCCCGCUCCCGGGCGCUGCUGCCGGCGGUACCGGAGCUGCCGGGUCGCCUCCCGCCCGCGCUGCCCGAGGUGUCCAAAGUGCUGCUGGGCGCCCACGCGCUCCUGGCCAAUGGCUCUGUCAUGUCCCGCGUGGGCACCUCGCAGAUCGCCCUGGUCUCCAAGGCCUACAACGUGCCAGUCCUGGUCUGCUGCGAGACCUACAAGUUCUGCGAGCGGGUGCAGACGGAUUCUUUUGUCUCCAACGAGCUGGGUUUAAAGGGGUCCAGGAUGUGGUGUGGGCUGUUCCAGGGAGACGUGGUAACACCUCGGGGUGAAGUCAGCGCAGUGACAGCAGCGCCACGGGCUGCGACAGGUGGAAGGAACUGUCCCAUCACUCGACGCCCCGAGAGAAUGAUUGGACAGGAAUGAACGCCACUAAUUACCAAUGGAAGCCCCGGAGACGGAGCAUUCACCGCGAGGAUCCAAAUCCCACCAAUUCCGGACCGAGGGGGUGUAAGAGGGAGUGUCGGGCUGCCGCUCGGGGUUUCCAAGGGAGCACCCGCUGUGUCAGGGUGGUGAUGCCCUGUGUCGUGUUCCGGCUUGCCGACAGGGGACUCGG